CAAUCUGCGCCUAUCGGCUAUCUACUUGGUAACAUUGCUUCCUUAACAACGAUGGACGCUGAAAUAUCAUCAGUAAAUUAGAAUCUUAUAAUUUUGAAUACGAGCAUGUCAAUUUGUCGUGAAAUUUCAAUAUGUCGUCACGUUUGGUGACAUAUAUUUUGUGUUCACCAAGAUUUUUUAUAUUUCUUAUAUUUUUCGAGCAGUUGGUUUCGUGUGAAAAAACCUUAGAUACUAAUGAUUUUCUCCGAACAAUUAAGAACCUCGACCUCGAAUUGAUCGAUAAAAUCGAAGAAGGCGUAGGAUUGAAAAUAAACUCGAUCGAAAAAAUAUUAUUAAAAGGAGCAAACAACGACAAAAUCACCACCAUAACCGAAAUCACAAAAGUUGUUGCAGAAAAGGUGCUCGAGCAAACUGAACAACAUCGGGACGAGGAAUAUGAAAAACAUGGUGUAACAGAAAACAUCACUUCUGUAAUCGUACCCAGUAACUUUUUGUGCGCCAUGCUAGCGAUCCAUGAAAUCCUACAACGCGUAUUCAAGAAUCAUGUAAAACCUCAUCGAAUCCCCAUCAGCAGACUCAAAAUUUACGAAAUGUUGGACAAGGUACUAAAAAGAUCUCCAACAUUUGUUCAUCUCUACACAAGAAUGAAUGAAAGCGAAUUUACUGUAUUAAUAAAGUCGCUAGGACCGCACCUUAGUGAUGAACUCGUUGAAAAAGUAGCUUCGCACGAACUUCCCGAAUAUUACUUCGCUGAUGGUAGUGAUGAUGGUACGCCUCUAUUUUUUUUUGAUCGAGUUAUCAAGGAUUUUUAUCGUUGGACAAAGCUAUUGAAAGGGGGUGAAGAACCGUUUUUUGUAAAUUUAAAGAAUGAAAUCGAACUGGAGUAUGGUUCAGACAGGUGUGAAGCAGUUAUCGAGGAAUUAUCGUUAAUACUGUGCCGUGAUUACAAUCUCGGAAAUACGGUCAAGUACAACUUUUGGAUUUUCUAUACGGAUAGAUUAAUGUACAGGCCACAAGAAGAUUUGGAUAGCACGUUUGAUUUAUAUUUUUGUAACGGAUGGUACUACGAAGUCAAAAACGUAGAAUAUUUUAAUCUUUUCACAAGGGUAUUGAGGCGUAUUGAAUCGUCGCCGCAGGAUGUAGUGUUGAAAUACCAACCACUUAUGCAUAACAGAACGGUAGGAGUGCCACAGUUAUGGCCGUGCAAUUAAACCAAAACAUCUUUCGAACACUUUUCGUGACGUAAAUAAUUUUCAAUUGUAAGAUCCGUAUUGCUUAGGUGUAGAUAUAAGUUAUAGGUGCCUACUCACAAUAUUGUUUGUUUGGUUUUUUUUUCAACGGUACAUUAUAACUAAAUAUUUCGAAAUGCUCAUUUUCGAGAGCUUUUGCUCUCGUUUCACCAGGGCUACUUUAUUGUUUUUCUUGAAGGAGAAAUGAAAAUUUUUGUAGGUUACCAACGUGUAUUGAAUAUCGAUUAAAAUUAUAGGUAGGCCUACUUUACUUAUCAAAUGACCAAAUUGUACUAUAUAGUACAAUUUGGUCAUUUGAUAAGAUUCUAUCUCUUAUUUAUUGUACGAGUACUUCAUUCAUCCUAUAUAAUAAGCCAGUACUGUAAGUUGAUUACAGUUUCUCGUCAACAUCGAUGAUCUUAUCGUUGAUAUGAUUUGCUUUAAAUGAAUAUUGACUAACUUUCCGAGCUCGUGUAUCUAAUCUCGAUCAUGCCGUGAACUAAAGAUAGAAUAUUUUUCAAGAUGCAGUUUUUUUUUCUUGUGUUUUUCUUGUGUUUCAAAGGAAGCGAGAACUAUAAUAAUGGUGAGUUUAUCGAUGCUGUGUAAGUUACUGUACCAGUGUACCUACUUACAAAUACUCGUGGUUAUUAUUUGCAAAUGUGAAUUUGUUUUUCACUUAAUUGAACAUGAGUACAUAUUCGUAGACUCAGUCACAGACUUUCUUCAAACGUUGGAUACCCUUAGUGAUGAUAAACGUCAACGAAUUGAGACCACCCUAAAUUGUAAAAUCGAGAAUAUUCGGAACAUUUCGGCAAAAGGAGAUCCAGUACGGUGGAUUUCGAUAGCAACUAAUUUAACAUCCGUAUUGGGAGAAUUAUGGUCCGAGAGUAUUGCAGAACGCACCAGAAAGAAAAAAUUAGAUGGAAACACGAAAAUAUUGAAUGCGACUUACAUCCCUAGCCGAUUUCUCUGUGCAUGGUCUUCAGUACUCCGUUUCCUAGAUGUGAUUUCAACGCAGGAAAAUCUUAAGGUUUUUACUUACUCCAAGAAACGGAUCUUCCAGUUGGCUGAUGAGGCUGCUAAACGCGAUUCAAUACCACGAAAAGGACUAAGAAGAUUGUCGAAAGAUGAAUUCAUCGCCGUUGUGAAAAAGCUCGCGCCAAAACUUGAGGAUAACAUGAUUCAAAAAGUAGCUGACCAUGCUGUAGCAGAUUACACAUUUAGAGGAGAAAGAAUAAUUUAUCACGAAAAGGUGCUUGCGUACUUCACAGGAUGGAUAAAUUAUUUGAAAAAUUCAGCCAGAAGACUCCACAGCAAAUUAAUGAUGGAAUUGAAACAGCCCCACUUGUACAACGGUACGGAACUAGGCGCUGAGGCUCAAAUAUUUGCGUUGAUCAUGGCAAGGGAUCAUUUGCUGGCUCACCACGUGGAAAAAUGUUUUUGGCAAAAGUACGGAAUGAUGAUCUUACACGGAUGUGAUAAGCAGUUCGAUCAUAUACUAGAUUCAGAAUACAUAGGCGGUUGGUACUAUACCGAACAGAGCAUUCGCCUGGUUCAAUUACUUGUUCGAGCGAAAGAACUGAUUGAAUUGCCACGGUUCCAUAUCCCUCUAGAGUACGAACGUUUUUCAGAGAGACCAGAAGUGGGAAUGCCGCAGUCAUCAGCGUGUCGAUGUAGUUUUGCUAAAAACGAUAUCCAAUAUGGGAUGACCACUUCUCUACCUCCAAAAUAGAGCGAGAAUGUAAUACAUCGUGUCUUAAGUCCUAGAAGAAAGGGAGGAUAUACGCCAGUCAGUGGGACAUGUAUGGUACUUUGUCAGUGCUAGUUUUUCUUCGGCAAAGGUUAAGUAAGACUAAUAGUUGCCAUAAAACAGAAAAUAUGAUGACCAAGUAACAACUUCGGCAAUUGUUUAGCAAUUUCCAAUAUCCUAAAACGUUUUAAGCAACAGUUAAGAACAAGAUAUUAGGAAAUACAUAUUUGAAGCUCGCGAUUGUUGGUUGCUUAGGCAUUCCUUAGCUUAUUUUCACAAACAAGUCGGAUGCCUUCACCCCUUUUAUCAUACCAGUUCAUUUUUGCUGAAAUUUCUUCCCUUAUUUUUUUGUAUACGUUUUUUACUCUUUCUAGUUUUUAACGAUAAAUUUCAUUUUCAUUUCCAAAAUUCUUGGUUUCAUUUUCAGUUGUCGAUUUCAAUUUGAAUUUUUCAUUUAUUCCUUUUCAAUUUCGAUUUCAUGUUCAGAAUUAUUUUCAGUUGAAUUCUCAGUUUGUGAUUUUUUUUUCAGUUUUUAAUUUCAUUUUCAGAGUUUUCGGUUUCACUUGAUUUUCAUUCCAUACGAUUUUCAGAAUUUCCAAUUUUUGAUGCAUGAACUAUGAUUUAGUUUUUAUUUUCAUUUUGAGGUAAUUUUCAGUUUUCUAUUUUCAUUUCAACUCUCAUUUAUUUCAUUUUAAAAGUUUUAUUUUCAAAAUUUUCAAUUUCAUAUCAAGUUUUCAAUUUUUUUUUUUAAUUUUGUGAUUUCACUUUCAAUUUUGGAUGUCACUUUAUUUUGUUCUCAGUUUUAUGAUCCAUCUAUCCGAAUUUUUCAUUUCAUUUUCGAUUUCUAAUUUCAUGUUUUGUAUGUCCAGGUUGAAUUUUUCAUUUUUCAUCAAGACAAAUUGUUCAAAAAACUAGAAAAAUAAUUGAAAAAUCUAAAAAGCAAUGUUUAAGAUUACCAGGGCACAAAAUUUUGUUCUUUUCUAAAUGUUGAAUUUUCUAUAGGCCUGCUCAUGACACUUCAUUUUGAAAAAUAACAUCAUUAUUAAUUAUCUACUCACAUUAAGAACUAAUCUUGACUGAACCAUGUUGAAUGAAAACUGCUGAAUAAAAAUUAUCAAAAGUUGUGUAAAAUUGUGCAAAGUUUUGCCAAAUUAAUGAAAAAUUAGCCGAAUAUAUUGGUGCAGAAUUUAAUCUAAAGUUAUGUAAAAUGACACAUGAACAAAUUUUAGUCAAAAUUUCACGAUCCAUCUGAAUUUUGAAAUUUUUAAUUGUUGCAAAAUUUUGUUUCUAAAAUGGUGAUUUGUUAAUAUUAUUUUUUAUUAAAUUUUUUCAUAGACCUUUGCAUUUUAUGCAUUUUGAUAGGUAUACCUAUGUGUUUAAUUUGUACCCAUUUUUUAAAAUAAUAUUACCUAUAUUUAUUUUAUUUCUCUGUUUUACUCUGUAAUUUUUCAAAAAUGUGUAAUUUCAUUUCAUUAUAAA